AUGCUGCCAUUCGUUAUCACCAAAUAUUUGAUUACUUUAACAAUUCUCACAAUAUUAUUAAUUGAUAAGAUGGAUGCGCAACUUUUAACUCUCCGAUCAUUUAAUGACAAUUUUGCAGGUGACAACUCAUUGAACAACAACGCUAACUCAGGGAUUGGACGUGUUCCAGCUAAUCAAGCUAAUCAAGCUAAUCAAGCUAAUCAGGCUAAUCAAGCUAAUCGGGCUAAUCAAGCUCAACAGAAUUCUUUUGAUGGAUGGCAAACUGCGCUUGGUACUGGUCUCGGUUUUCUUGCAGGAAGUUGGUUAGGCAGAGGCUCAUCUUCACCAUAUUCAUAUGGCUAUUACGGUUAUCCGUAUUAUCCGUACAACUAUUAUUACGGUGGUUAUCCUCAUUACUACUAUUAUUAUGGUUAA